GGACCCUAAAGAUAUAAUCGGUCGGUACCAUUUUAACUUGAUCGUCGAAGUCAGAAGAUUCUCCGGCGGCCGGAAACGCGCGGAUCACGUUUCUACUGGAUCCGACCAACUAAUUCAUCACUUAUACAAUAUUACUCAGCAAUAUGAAGGAUGUAGAAAUUCUGUAGUACUACCAAUGCUUGAGGUUAAUUGUUAUAAACUUUGAAUUCGCGUAGUAGCAAGAUUUUAAAAAUGUCAAGACCAGCAGUACUAGUUUUUCUGCUGAUUGUACUCAUUAUAACAUCUCAAUUUGAAUGGAGGCAGCAACUUGUAAGUGAUGUUGAUACACAUCCAGCAAUCUCGCAAAAGCAGCAACAAAUUAUAAAGAGGGAGGAAGCUGUAAAAGAAAAGAUUAUAUUAUCACAAGAGAAGAACAUUCAGAGGCUUAAUGAACUUGUUCGGAGUCUGCGUAACCAAUUACUGCAAUGCAGAGAGAGCAAUGAAACAAGUAAUGAUCCAGCAAGCUCAUUGACUGAAAACGAGUUUGAGAAUCAACAAAUCCUGGAGGACUAGAUUCAAGCUUCAGAUGCCACUACUACUUGACAAUCACCUGUCCAUGUUGUAUCAUAAUUCUCUGAGCUGAAAAUACACAUGUGUAAAGAAAAGUCUAAGCCUGUAUGUUUCGUAUUGCCUCCUGUUACCAGGCUGCUAGUGAGUUUAGAUGCCUUGAGAUAUGCCAAACAAGGUUACAGAAGUAAGAAUCUACUUUCAUCAUAAUGAGCUUCAUUUUUUUUA